ACUUUAGAGGCACCUGAGCCAGUGGCAAGUGGACUAAUUCAGUUGUUUUGCUUCUCAGCAGUCUACUAUGAGGAUAGGGAGGAUAGACUGUGCUCUCUUUUCAUCACAUCGCUGGGAAGAGGCAGGUGAUAGCAGAACGAAAACAGAAGAAAGUACCAGCUUAAAUAAUUCACCACUCUACGAGUAUCUGCAGGAUUUGGGACACACUGAUUUUGAAGUAUGUUCACCUGUGUCACAGAAGGCAAAGCAAUGUGCAGUAGAGGAAGGCCAGAGAGAGAGGACUGUGCACACUGCCCAGAAACAAAGCAUCCUGUCAAAACUAGUUGAGUUCUUCAGAAGUUGGUUUCCCUUUCCACAAUAUAAGAAAAACGAUGACAUACUGCACCGAUUGGAUGUUGGAUUUCGAUUUGACACGCUCCGUACCAUCCUGCAACAGGAAGUUCUGCUGCAGGAGGAUGUGGAACUGAUUGAGUUCCUUGACCCGAGUAUCCUGUCUGCAGGGCAGUGUAAGCAACAGGAAAAUGGACAGCUUCCAACACUACGCUCCCUAGCAACUCCUAAUAUUUGGGAUAUCUCACUCUUGCUUGCCUUUGUAAGUGCCCUGCUUAUGCUUCCUUCAUGGUGGAAGGAGUCAUCGUGGCUACCGUGGGGACUGGUUCUGCUUGUGUAUGCAGUCUUUCGAGUGUGGGCCACAUGGAGGACAGCCAAGCUACAAAUGUCCCUGCAAAAAUACUGUACCCAGCUGGAAGAAACAGUAGCAAAUAGUCGAGCUUUUACUAAUCUUGUGAGGAAAGCUCUACGGCUCAUUCAAGAGACUGAAGUAAUUUCCAGAGGAUUUACCCUUUUGCUUGACAGGGUCAGUGCCGCUUGCCCACUUAAUAAAGCUGGACAGCAUCCUAGUCAGCAUCUUAUUGGUCUCCGGAAAGCCGUCUAUCGGUCUGUCAGAGCCAACUUCCGAGCUUCAAGACUGGCUACUCUGUACAUGCUGAAAAACUACCCUCUGAACUCUGAGAGCGACAACGUGACCAGCUACAUCUGUGUAGUCCCUUUUAAGGACCUGGGACUGGGACUGAGUGAAGAGCAGGUAUCUGAGGAGGAGGCACACAAUCUCACGGAUGGCUUCAGCUUGCCUGCACUCAAGGUUCUCUUUCAGCUAUGGGUAGGGCAGAGUUCGGAGUUCUUCAGGAGACUGGUACUGCUCCUCUCCCCAGCCAAUGCAUCCCCCAAGCCCUUGAUCUCCCCUGAACGGUUGCCUCAUCAUAUCUUGUCUGAUGUGACUCAAGGCCUACCUCAUACACAUGCUGCCUGCUUAGAGGAGCUCAAGAGAAGCUAUGAGUUUUAUCGGUACUUUGAAACUCAGCAUCAGUCAGGUUUUGAACGACCGACCAGAGCAAAACAGAAGUCAAGAGAGUUGAACAGCCUUCAAACAGCAGUACGCAGUCUGCAGCUUCAUCUCAAGGCACUGCUGAAUGAGGUAAUAAUUCUUGAGGAUGAACUUGAAAAACUUGUUAGCACUAAGGAGACACCUGAAUUAACAACAGAAGCGCACCAGGUUCUGGAACAAAAACUAAAGUUUAUUCAGCCUCAUAUGCAGGCAAGCAACAGCUGCUGGGAAGAAGCCAUUUCUCAGGUGGAGAAAAUGGGUGGAAGAAACCCAAAUAAAAAAGGCAAGCUUGAAGCUUCCUGUGAUAACCUACAGCAUACUUCAGUACCUUUAAUACAGCCUACUGUGUACAUAGAAGACAGAGAUCCCAUCCCUGAAGAACAGGAAUUGGAAGCCUAUGUUGAUUAUUCUGAUAUGGACAAUGAAUAUAAUAGGGAAGCUUUUGACUGCUUUUCCCAGGAAGAGAGAGAGAGACAAAAACGAGAGAGAGAGGAAUCUAAAAGGGUGUUACAAGAAUUGAAAUCUGUACUGGGAUUUAAAGCUUCAGAAGCAGAAAGGCAGAAAUGGAAACAACUCCUAUUCAGUGACCAUGCUGCAGUGAAACCCUUGUCUCCUGUAGAGCCAUUGAAGCUCCUAAAUAAUUUGGAAUCACACAUGAAUUCAAAUACAGAAAAGCAGGACUGCAGCCAAAGUUGUGAUAAAUCUGAAGAAAGCGACUCUAAUUCAGAAGUGAAUGCUGCUGAUAAAAGCAGGACAGAAUAUUUGUAUGAAGAUCCUGAGAUGGAGAGAAACAAAGACAGUCCUACUGAAGAAGGUGUUUCUACAGAGGCUGAAGGGAUAAUGUGCUAUCAGUAUGAAGGGGAAGUUGAAGAUCUCAAGCCAAGCGAUACGGAUAGAGUAGAAGUUUCACAGCCUCCCUCUGUGGAUGCACUGCAUUCAAAAAUUAAGCAGAGGCUGGCUCAGCUUCACAUAUCUACAGAUUUUAACUUCACAUCCGGUCUGGCUGCACAAGCUGCUGCCAGGUCUUUCUCUUUUACUACAAUGCAGGAACAGACUUUUGGAGAUGAUGAUGAUGAGGAUGAAGAGGAGGAGAAGGAGGAAGGGAAGGAGCAAGAACAUGAAGACCUGAUGGAAGAUUUUAGGUAUGAAGGUGGUGGCUCUGAGAGUGAAGGAGAAGUACAAGCCUGAUCUGAACUUUUAAAAACCAACAACAGACAAUUUGGUAGGAAAAAAGAAAAACAAAAAAACUAACGUGGGGGUCUGAAGUUAAAAAUGCUGAAUGGAGAAAAAGAAAAAUAAAAUUUAAAAAAAAAAAAAAAAUUGGGAGAACUAAAUGUAAUAUGUCUUGUUCCCUAAAUCUGAGACACUAAAUGGGACUUCUGAGUAUGUGGAAAAUUUGCAGGUAAGACAACUUUAAGCUGCAACCACUAAGCAGUCGGCUGUUGCCUUUUUAAGAUCUUAAUGAUGAGUUUUGGAAUUACCUUCGUGUUUUCUGGUUUAUUUAUUUAUAUCAUGAAGUGCUGUUGUUGUUUUUCUAAAAAGAAUGAAAAACAAUGUAUUGAAUUACAUCAGACUGUCUUCUGCUUUCUGAUUUUGUUGUCUUGAAAUCAAACGUUAGUUCCAAUAGAAAAAAAAAAAAACAGGGCAUUUGUUUUGGAAGAAUCUGAACUGUUCCCUGUGAUCUUCCUCCACCACUGCUUGUGUCCACAGUGAGUUGGCUGAGCCACCGUAGACACUGGUGAAUCUGUGGCUUGUGAUGCUCCUGGCUAAAACAGAGUCUUAAGUAAAAGCUUGAAAGGUCUUGUAUUUUAUGUGUCCUGGGGAGUGGGACUGAAAUGCAUGAAGUUGGUCGUACUUCAUGUUAAGGUUUAUAAAGAAUUUUAUGAAAGGUUAAUAAAUGAUUCAUAAAUGUUGUAA